GGCCAGUGACGCCCCCGAGCCCAGCUGCAGAAGCAACCGCCACCUCCAAUGCUCAAGGUGUCACAUUUGAAAAGAAACCUGAGCCCCAGGGAGGCGGCGCAGAGCGACCCCGGCCAGGCUAGCGCAAACUGCGCGGCAGGGCGCUGGGCAGCGCUGGAGAAGCCGGAGAGCUCCACGGCUGAACAUCCUGGCGACCUGAUUCUGGGAUCUCGGCUCCACGCUCCGAUCGCAAUUUUCAGAUUUCUCCCCCUUGAUUAUUUCUCCAAAACGGAGCCUUUAUACCAGGAGAAGGUGCCUGAGCUGGGACAACCAGGACUUUCCCGGGCACCCAAGAUGCGCUCCAUUAGAAAACGGUGGACCAUCUGCACUAUAAGUCUACUCCUGAUCUUUUAUAAGACAAAAGAAAUAGCCAGAACUGAGGAGCACCAAGAGACGCAACUCAUUGGAGAUGGUGAAUUGUGUUUGAGCAGAUCACUUGUCAACAGCUCUGAUAAAAUCAUUCGGAAGGCUGGCUCUACCAUCUUCCAACAUUCCGUACAAGGCUGGAAAAUCAAUUCUUCUUUAGUCCUGGAGAUAAGGAAGAACAUUCUCCGUUUCUUAGAUGCGGAACGUGAUGUAUCUGUGGUUAAGAGCAGUUUUAAGCCUGGUGAUGUCAUACACUAUGUUUUGGACAGACGCCGGACACUAAAUAUUUCUCACGAUCUGCAUAGCCUCCUUCCUGAAGUUUCACCAAUGAAAAACCGCAGGUUUAAGACCUGUGCUGUUGUUGGCAAUUCUGGCAUUCUACUAGACAGUGGAUGUGGAAAGGAGAUUGACAACCACAACUUUGUAAUAAGGUGCAAUCUAGCUCCUGUGGUCGAGUUUGCUGCGGAUGUGGGGACUAAAUCAGAUUUUAUUACCAUGAAUCCAUCAGUUGUGCAAAGAGCAUUUGGAGGCUUUCGGAAUGAGAGUGACAGAGAAAAAUUUGUGCAUAGACUCUCCAUGCUGAAUGACAGUGUCCUUUGGAUUCCUGCCUUCAUGGUCAAAGGAGGAGAGAAGCACGUGGAAUGGGUUAAUGCAUUAAUCCUUAAGAACAAACUGAAAGUGCGAACUGCCUAUCCAUCACUGAGACUUAUUCAUGCAGUCAGAGGUUACUGGCUGACCAACAAAGUACCCAUCAAAAGACCCAGCACAGGUCUCCUGAUGUAUACACUUGCCACCAGAUUCUGUGAUGAAAUUCACCUGUAUGGAUUCUGGCCAUUCCCUAAGGAUCUAAAUGGAAAAGCUGUCAAAUAUCAUUACUAUGAUGACUUAAAAUACAGAUACUUUUCCAAUGCAAGUCCUCACAGAAUGCCAUUGGAAUUUAAAACAUUGAAUGUGCUACACAAUAGAGGAGCUCUAAAACUGACUACAGGGAAGUGCAUGAAGCAAUAAGGCACACUUUGAAGUAUAGAAACUGAACACAAACUUUUUCUAAAGAUGCUUCUGGAGAUUUAGAAACAGGAUCCAAAACAAGGCUGGGUUUCAGCAUCCACCACUUGACUGAGUAGCUGAAAUGGAAGUCUAAGUGAAUCCACCACCAGCUGAUGAAAAACCUGCAAAGUGCUCUAACUAGAAAAUACUCUGACUUCAAGGGUCCUAGUAAGUGCCACUUCCAUGAAGAAAACAGUUUGAAUGUAUUAUCAGUAGUGUUUACAAGAUCCAACAGUGCACUCAUUAUCAGUUAGCAAAGCAAAUGUGUUCAUCAAUGUGGGGCAGCCACUGUAACGCCAAGCACACUGGAAGAGGAACCCAGGCGCACAACUCGGCCCUUGGGAAGUUAAAAUAUCCUUAACAGCAGAAAUGAAGAACAGAGUUCCAGCAGUGAAAUCCAUGGCAUGAAGCAACUUGAGGGAAUGCUUUCAGUCAGGACACUGAGAACGGUCAUGUUUACGUUUUGCUUAUAUUCUUGUUUGUCUUCUGACAUUUAUUUUAGUUUCAGUUUGGGGUGCUUAGAAAUUCAUUUGAGAUACAGAAAUGGGAAACACAUAUGAAUGAGAAAAAGAAACAUCAAACAAGCCUUUCUAAAGUUCUUAUAUUUUUUAAACAGCGAUCACACCAA